AAUACAUAUUGGUUUGACACACACCAGUCCAGUGUGUAGCUUCCAGUAGUUAAGUUGUAAGUGUUGGAAGUUGUGCAUUCAUGUCCUAUAAUGUAGGUAGGUUACUGUCUCGGCUUAAGCUGUUUUAUCUGUCGACCGUGCUAAAGAAUAAACUAAGUUGCUAGCUGGCUGUGCUGGUAACAUAAGAGUUUAAGCUAACCCGCAGAGGACAUAAUCAUGGCUUACACACAGAUACUCAAAGCCCUGCAUCGACAUUUGCAACUGACAGCGACACAGUACGCCGUGCAGACAUGUAAACUCACGCAGGUUAGCUUGCUUAUCCACACACACAGGACGGUGUCAACCCUGUCCAGACCGACCUUCCUCAGAAGAGUGGAGGCUCCUCCGUGUGUCCUGCCAGCGCUGAGCUGCUUCACACAAGCGCAGAGACUGAGAGGUAUUUCUCUCGACUUUACAGCCAGAAAUAAGAGCAGCCCCGAGGACAGAGACAAGUCCGUUUCCAGGUAUCAAAGCGGGAGCCCAAAGCCUUCAGCUGCUCAAAAAGUGAAGGACGCUGGCAGAGACUUCACCUAUUUGAUAGUUGUACUCAUCGGGCUUGGAGUGACAGGUGGGCUGUUAUAUGUGGUGUUCCAGGAGCUGUUUUCUUCCUCCAGCCCAAAUAAAAUCUAUGGGAAAGCCUUCGACAAAGUCAAGUCACACCCAGAAGUGAUUGGUGCAUUUGGGGAGCCUAUCAAAUGUUAUGGUGAGACCACCCGUCGAGGAAGGAGGCAGCAAGUCAGCCACUUGGAGUACCUGAAGGACGGACUGAAGCAUAUGAGACUUAAGUUUUACAUCGAAGGCUCAGAACCAGGUCUCAAAGGAACUGUACAUUCAGAAUCAAAAGAGAAUAAUGAAACUGGAAAAUAUGAGUUUCGUUACAUAUUUGUGGAAGUGGACACGUACCCAAGACGGACCAUCGUUGUGGAAGAUAACCGAUAAGAAAGAUGAUGGAUGGAUGAAAAAAUGUGAAUAAUGUGUUUCUAAAAGGCAGGUUUGUGUUAUUUGACAAAUUUGCUAUUAAAAGUUUUCAUGUUAAACAUCAACAAUUAUAACUGAUUUAAAUAGACACCUUAACUUAGACUUUGCUACAACAAUGGUCGGCAUUUGGUGAAGAGUUUUGCAAAUCAGUCUCUUCACCGAUACAAAAUGAUCUUUUGACUCUUAUGUGUUUCUGCUUCAUAAAACAUACAGAUGUGCUACAAAUAUUUUGUUUUGAUUUUUAUUUUUGACUGAGAGACAGAAGGAUGAAUCUUGCUGCAACGUGUAAUAAAAGAUGCUUUUAAAUUGUAAUAAAAAUGUUUGUGACAUACA